GUGAUUGGUUGGUGUGUACCGUGCUGUUCAGCCGAAGACCUCAUCAGUUGGGGCCUGUAUUACAAAUUCACGCAUCUGUGUGGAAGUUGACUACUUCAGUUUUUGGCCAGUCCAAUUUAUUCCCAUUUGAAAAUUUAUCACAAAAUAAACUAGCACAGAAAGGUAAGAAACGGUGGUUUCAUGAUAUUUAAAAUGUUAAGUACUUAGUCUUACAGUUACCCAAUCAAAAUCAAUGUGACUCAAUGCCUUGCCAAAUAUUUCCAUUCUAACGAAUUUUGAUUUGUUUUUAAUUAGCGGUUGAGGUGAGGGCCUGCAUUUUGAAUUUUUCUUUCAUUUUAAGAUAGUUUCCCCAACCUUUUCUGUAGUCUAUAUAUAGCUCUACUCAUUCACGACCUAUGACUUUCACUUUACGACGUAGGUCUACUAAGUCUCACCAUAAAAGUAACAACGCAUUUAAAAUGUGAAAAUAUGGACGGACUUCUAAUUUUAAAUUUAUGUAUUAAGCCUAAUUAUAAUUUGCAACUAAAAAAAAAAAAAAGUAGAACUUGAGUUUGUAAAAAAGUUCAACUGUUGAUAAACUUAAAGAUUUUUUUUUUUUAUAAGAAUAAGAACAAUUUUAAUGAAGAGUUUAUUCCAAAAUAAAUAUUUCAACAUUUUUAUGCAACAUGUCUCUUUUUUCUUGUACAAUCCUUUUUCCUGCACUGCCUGAAAUCCCAGGCCCACGUUGUAUUAGGCCCUGUACAUAUAAAAUCAGUUGGUGCAUAUUUUGAUGCAUGAACCUAGAUGUAGUUCUAGGUUAGGUUAUUAUAAUUACUAGAUCCAGUUUUUUAAUUCUGCUCUACUAGAGUAAGAAUUGGACUCUACUGUAAUGAUUUUAGCCAGCUUGGUACUCUAAGACUAAUAUUUUGAUCAGGCUAUAAAAUUUAAAAAAGAUGAUUUUAUUAGAUAAAAUUGUAUCUUAAUCUUAAUGUAGAUUGUAGAAAGUAUGUUUAGAAUUCAUUAUACAAACUUUCUUUUCAGUCAAAUAGUAUUUUAGAAAUUUAUCAGAAAUCUUAGUGACUUAAACUUAUUCAAUAAAUAAAAUUUCUUUCUUAUUAAGAUGUCUGGCUCAAGCUCAUCCUCGAACAAGUCACCAGCUGGAACUCCAACAAAACCGCCGGCUAAAAUGCCCAAAGCCCAACCUGCAAAGGAAGAUGCAGAUGACAAAAGUUCAUCAGACAAUCCAAAGACUCAUGUUCCAACCAUGUUCAAUAUGGUGCUGGGGGCUCUCAGGGCCAGUAAAGGUGCCAAGGGCCUAACAUUGCAGGUUAGUAUCGACCUGGCUAAAUUAUGCAUGUGCCUUACAGCAGUGGUUCCCAAACAUUUAAGUUUGGCGGACAGGUGAACAAGUUUCUAAAUUUUACCAGGGACCGGUGCACCAUUUAUUUUUAUACUUUUAUUUCUAUUUGACAAUAAAUAUUUAUGUUAUGGGGACCGGCAGCGUUAGUCAUGCGGACCAGUGAAGGUCCACGGAACGCCAUUUGGGGACCACUGCCUUAUAGGAUAGUAUAAAAUAAUUGUUUCUGCUUAUAACUUAAACUUAGGCCUUAUACAUAUAGCCUAUAGACAGGUUUUUUUUAAAAUGGCUAUCUUCACAUAAAUUCUGAACAAUCCUCAGGGAUAGUAAGCCAAAUGCCCCCUCGGGGAGUCAAGUGAAGGGUAUUGGAAUGGGCACCAAGAUUGUUACUGUAAUUAAAGUCAACUGUCACACUGCCUCUUGUAGCAGUAGGAAACUAACAUCAUACUGCCCCAUGGGGGUCACAUAUGGGGUACUGAAAGUAAUAAAGCAAUAAUGCUACUCAGGGCAUCACAUGAAGGGUACUAGAACUAAUAAAGUAAUACCGCUACUCAGGGCAUCACAUGAAGGGUACUGGAACUAAAGUGAUACUUGUCACAUUUAGGGUACCAGUAAUGGCCAUGUCAAACUGCCAUCUUCAAAACCAAAAUUAACAAAUGUAAAAAUCACUUACUUUUCAUAUUUCCAAUAGUAAAGCUUUUUGUUACCUUCCAGGCCAUCAAACGAUCAGUGACAGAGGCCUACCCAAGUACUAAAGCAAAGUUUUCCAAUGCCAGGCUGGGGAAAGCCAUAAUAAAGGGGAUUGAAAGUGGAGAGAUCAUAAGGCCUAAGGCUUCUGAAGACACAGGACUAAGAGGACACUUCCUUUUCAACAAAGGCCUCUUUGCUUAUAAUGAAAAGAAAAAACUUGCCAAAAGUAAAGAAAAAUCUGACAAAAAGCCUGCUAAAUCUCCUAAAAAGCCACUGGUGGCUAAAUCUCCUAAAAAACCAUUGGUGGCUAAAUCUCCUAAAAAGCCAUCUGUGACUAAAUCUCCUAGUAAGCCAUUGGUUUCCAAGUCGCCAAAGUCUAAGGUUGAAAAUCCUGUACCAGAAAAGGUUAAAAAGCCAAGGGCCCCUAAAGCUAUAAAGAAAGCAGAUUCAGACGAAGGUGCCAAGAAAAAGACCCCCACAAAGCCUAUCAAAAGAAAAGUACCAGUGACUCAAGCACACAGUACUCCAAAGAUUAACACAGCAAUGGCAAGACAAAAAGUGAGUCAUUUCAUGUGAAACAAAAUUUACUCUUAAAAUUUAUUUUCAAUUGUAAAUGUAUGUAGCCAGGCUUAGCCUACAAUAAUAUUUAAAAAAAACUAUGUGAUAAUGCAGAACUAGAAAUGUACAGGUGGAUAAGGUUCUCAUUGUAUGAUUAUGAAUUUCUCAUUAAUUAAUUUCACUUUAAAUUUUGUUAAAAUAUUUUAUGCCAGGACUGUUGCCCUUUAAUGCUUUUGUGUGUAUCUUUGUUAUAGUCGUUUCACUUUUUAAAAUUUUUAUCCGCGUCUCAUAAUGUGGGGUCUGGCAACAUAUGGAAGGCACUGUCUGGAAUUAAAUUUAGGUUUGGCUGGGGGAGAUUGCCUGGAUUCAACCAAUAAUUAUAUAGGACACACACACACUACUUAUGUUAAAUAAUAAAAUCAGUUAAAGUUUAAUAGCUAAUUGAUGUGAACACCAUGUUUAGACUUUUGUUUCAGCACUCUGUGAAUAUCAUCUGUAAAAGUGAAACUAAAAUAGAUACAAUUAUUUUAAAAAAUCUUUUCAGGUAGCUUCUGUGAAAAAGGCCAUAAAGCAGGUUACUGGUGCCAAGACAAAAGCUGCAAGGACUAAAGCAUCAAAAGAAUAAAGCAUUCUAAAACAAUACUUUCAUUACCAGUCUAGGCCUAAGCCGGAAUGAUAAUUCUGAAGUGGGAUAUAAUUUCAGGGCAUUUUAAGAGUAUAUGUAAACAUGUUUAAUUUUUAUCACAUUUCAAGAUUUUCCAAAUGCUAUUUUUAAUGCAUGAUCAAUAAAUUUUUAAUACCGGUAAAUGAUUUGAAUUAGUAUUUUUUUUUUAUAUAUUUAUUUUUUGCUACUUGAGGC